UUGGAUUUCCAGGGAAUGGGGCGUUCGUAUAUGGCGUCAUGAUCAGCUCUCCCCUGAACUCACAGCGGUUCCACAAAUACCAUGUACGAAAUUUAGAGCUAGACACCAGGAGUUAGAAGAGUGCGCGCCCCUCACGAAAGGGCAAGAAGAAACCGGGAGCGCGCCAUCCUGGAGAGUCAGCCAGCUUACACAUGACCUCCUAAUGCUAAGGGAGAGCAGAUCUCGCGGGAUCCUUCGGGAGGACAAGUUAAGGAAACAUGGCGACGUCUAAUCUGUUAAAGAAUAAAGGUUCCCUUCAAUUUGAGGACAAAUGGGACAUCAUGAGGCCUAUAGUUUUGAAGCUCUUGCGGCAAGAGAGUGUAACGAAGCAGCAGUGGUUUGACCUGUUUUCUGACGUGCAUGCAGUUUGCUUGUGGGACGACAAAGGACCUGCAAAAAUUCACCAAGCUUUAAAAGAAGACAUUCUUGAUUUUAUAAAACAAGCUCAGGCUAGGGUUUUAAGUCACCAAGAUGACACAGCUUUAUUAAAAGCGUAUAUAGUAGAAUGGCGCAAGUUCUUCACACAGUGUGACAUCUUACCCAAACCAUUCUGCCAACUAGAGAUCACAUUAAUGGGAAAACAAGGCAGCAACAAGAAAUCAAAUUCAGAAGACAGCAUUGUACGAAAGCUCAUGUUGGAUACCUGGAAUGAAUCUAUAUUUUCCAAUAUAAAAAAUAGACUUCAAGACAGUGCAAUGAAACUGGUCCACGCAGAGAGAUUAGGAGAAGCAUUUGACUCUCAACUUGUAAUUGGUGUGAGAGAAUCAUAUGUUAAUCUGUGUUCAAAUCCAGAAGACAAGCUCCAGAUAUACCGAGAUAAUUUUGAAAAAGCUUACUUGGAUUCAACUGAGAGGUUUUAUCGAACGCAGGCACCUUCUUACUUGCAACAAAACGGCGUGCAAAACUAUAUGAAAUACGCAGAUGCCAAACUAAAGGAAGAAGAGAAGAGAGCACUUCGGUAUUUAGAGACGAGACGGGAGUGUAACUCUGUGCAGGCGCUGAUGGAGUGCUGUGUGAACGCUCUUGUCACCUCCUUCAAAGAGACUAUUUUAGCCGAAUGUCAAGGAAUGAUCAAGAGAAAUGAAACUGAAAAACUACAUUUAAUGUUUUCUCUUAUGGAUAAAGUUCCAAAUGGGAUUGAGCCAAUGUUAAAAGAUCUGGAGGAGCACAUUGUCAGUGCAGGUUUAGCUGACAUGGUAGCAGCUGCAGAAACAAUUACUACUGAUUCUGAAAAAUAUGUAGAGCAGUUAUUGACCUUGUUUAACAGAUUUAGCAAAUUAGUAAAAGAAGCUUUUCAAGAUGAUCCAAGAUUUCUUACUGCAAGAGAUAAGGCAUACAAAGCUGUUGUGAACGAUGCAACAAUAUUUAAACUUGAGUUACCUCUAAAGCAGAAAGGGGUGGGAUUGAAAACGCAACCUGAAUCAAAGUGCCCUGAGCUGCUGGCUAACUACUGUGAUAUGUUAUUGCGGAAAACGCCACUUAGUAAAAAGCUGACAUCAGAAGAAAUUGAAGCCAAGCUGAAGGAAGUACUAUUGGUAUUAAAGUAUGUGCAGAAUAAGGAUGUUUUCAUGAGGUAUCAUAAAGCUCACCUGACAAGACGACUCAUUCUAGAUAUAUCUGCAGAUAGCGAAAUAGAAGAAAAUAUGGUGGAAUGGUUACGGGAAGUAGGAAUGCCUGCUGAUUAUGUUAACAAGCUGGCCAGGAUGUUCCAGGAUAUUAAAGUAUCUGAAGAUUUAAAUCAGGCUUUCAAAGAAAUGCACAAAAAUAAUAAAUUGGCUUUGCCAGCCGAUUCUGUAAAUAUUAAAAUUUUAAAUGCUGGCGCAUGGUCACGGAGCUCAGAAAAGGUCUUUGUGUCCCUUCCGACUGAGCUGGAAGACCUUAUUCCUGAGGUAGAAGAAUUCUAUAAGAAGAAUCAUAGUGGUAGAAAGCUGCACUGGCAUCAUCUCAUGUCGAAUGGCAUUAUUACUUUUAAGAAUGAGGUGGGCCAGUAUGACUUGGAGGUGACAACCUUUCAGUUGGCUGUUUUGUUUGCCUGGAACCAAAGACCCAGAGAGAAAAUUAGUUUUGAAAACCUUAAGCUGGCAACAGAACUACCUGAUGCAGAAUUGAGGAGAACAUUAUGGUCACUUGUAGCUUUUCCAAAACUGAAGAGGCAAGUUUUAUCAUACGAGCCACAGGUGAACUCGCCAAAAGACUUUACAGAGGGAACCCUCUUCUCGGUGAAUCAAGAAUUUAGUUUAAUAAAAAAUGCAAAAGUACAAAAAAGAGGAAAGAUAAACUUAAUUGGACGCUUGCAGCUUACUACGGAAAGAAUGCGAGAAGAAGAAAAUGAAGGAAUUGUUCAGUUAAGAAUACUAAGAACACAGGAAGCUAUUAUCCAAAUAAUGAAGAUGAGAAAGAAAAUUACUAAUGCACAGCUCCAGACUGAACUUGUAGAAAUUUUGAAAAAUAUGUUCUUGCCCCAGAAGAAAAUGAUAAAAGAGCAAAUAGAAUGGCUUAUAGAACACAAAUACAUCCGAAGAGAUGAGUCCGAUAUCAAUACCUUCUUAUACAUGGCGUAAUCUAAAGACCAUACAACAAUAAAGAAAAAACAAACAUAAAACGAGUGGUUGGAGCAGGCCAUCUCACACCCAUUUAUGCUAAAAGCGAACUUCUACUGACUUUUUUAUUGCAUAACUAUAACAGUCCCUGCCUUACCUUACUCAAGGACGACAUUAUAUUUUGCCAAUGUCAUUAUGCCAGCAUGACAGCAUUCCUUUCAUGUUGUUUUUACCAGCAUGCUGUUUUAUGGGAAAAUCUCAUUUAUGAAGAAUGCGUUGUGAGCUUAAAACUAGAUUUAAUUUGGUCCAACCAGGAACGCGGUAUUUUAUUUAAUAUAAAGGAUUCUUACCCAGGGUGGAAACAAAUUUACAUUUUCAUGCACUGAUGAACUGCUGUAAUUCUGUAGUUUUGUUUAAAAAAAAAAAAAGAAAAGAAAAAAGUAGAAAAAAAAAUUACAACUUUAAAAUAGCACUUUUCACUUUUGAGUAUUGCAUUAAUUUAACAUCAAAGUUCGACCAUUUCUGCACAUCUUUUGUGAAAAUUUUAUGCAUAUCCUAAUUCGAAGAGGUUUGUAAAAGUAAACGUUGACUCAAGCAGUGCUUUUGAUAUAAUAAUUUUAAGUCCGCUUUUUGUGUAAAGAAACCAAGUGAACAAACUAUGUGGCAACCUAUGUGCUUAAAUGAAUUUAUUUAACUUGACAAAUCAAAUACUCCUGUAGGAAAUCUGAGCCACAAAAAAUUACAAUCAAUUUACUUCCAGAUUCCAUUUUUUUCACGCUUCUAGCAAGUAAAGUGUUUAUGGACAAAAAAAUAUAUAUAUGUUUUUUUUCUUGCUUAAAAUGCAGAAUUUGCUGCUAAUUGCGCCCCCUCACUCAGGUUUUUUUUUUGUUUUUUUUACUUUAAUUUACAUAGCUUUGAUUUGAUCAGCCAAUCAGAGGCAAAAUCAUCUAAGUGUAGCAGCCCCUGUACCAUGUUGCUGCAGCCUUUGAUUGGUCGUUCACAAAAAAGUAAUGUUGAUUAAAUGCAUCACAUCAAUAUUUCAUACUUCAAUUGUGUGUCAAUUUUAACUGCUUUAACUGAAAAAUGCAUAACGUUUUUCACCAAGUUAUGUAGCAAACAGUGAACUUUAGUAUUAGUUGGACAAAGAGGAAUUAUUGUCAUUUUUAUCAUACUGUAGAUAAUUGGCUAGUUAUACAGUAUCCUAUAUGUUGCUUCCUAUUUGUCAUUUAUGAAUACCAGUGGAAGGUAAAUAAAUUUUCACAAACACGUUUGUGUGUGUCUGUGUGUACAUAUACCCACACACACACAUGUACACAUACACAUACCCACACACAUACACAUACCCACACACGUACACAUACCCACACACGUACACAUACCCACACACACAUGUACAUAUACCCACAUACCCCCACACGUACACAUACCCCCACACGUACACAUACCCCCACACGUACACAUACCCCCACACGUACACAUACCCCCACUCGUACACAUACCCCCACUCGUACACAUACCCCCACUCGUACACAUACCCCCACACGUACACAUACCCCCACACCCACACACACGCACACACAUGUACACAUACACUUGUACACACAUGUACACAUACCCACACACGUACAUGUACACAUACCCACACAUACACAUACCCACACAUACACACACACACAUGUACACAUACCCACACAUACACACGUACACAUACCCACACGUACACAUACCCACAUGUACACAUACCCACACACAUACCCACACAUGUACACACACACAUGUACACACACACGUGUACAUGUACACACACACGUGUACAUGUACACACACACGUGUACAUGUACACACACACGUGUACAUGUACACACACACGUGUACAUGUACACACACACGUGUACAUAUACACACACACGUACACAUACACACACACGUACACAUAUACACACACACGCACACAUAUACGUACACAUAUACACACACGUACACAUAUACACAUACACGUACACAUACACACACACAUGUACACAUACAAAUAAGAGAUAUUACAAUAUUUGAAUUGAUUUUAAGAAAUCUAAUUUCAGAAUAGCUGUCCAGACAAUUAAUAUAUUCAUAAGCUUCAAAUCCUUUUUCUCAUGCGAUAAAGUGAACACAUGUAUUUAACACAAAUUUCCUGUACUUUUUAUUGUAAACUUGUCUUUCUUUGUUCAGAAAGUUGUGCAAUUUGAAAACCCAUCUGUAAAAACUGUAUAAAAAUUCAAUUAGAUUAACAAUAUUACAUUCUAUAUAAACUUUUUGGGAAGGAAAUUGGGUGUAAGAAGAAAUAGAGAAAGCAUUAACAUCCCAAUUUUUUUACACAUUGACAUUUCUUAAUGUCCACACACUAAACUCAUUGCAUCCAGUACAGAAUCAUAGAACACAUUCAAAUUUAGUUUGUAUCAUUGUGCUAAUAAUGUUUAUAGUUCCCAAGAAAUAUACAGCUAUUUGUUGAAUUAUGAUUGUGGGGGUUUUUUUCUUUCUUAAUCCUUCUUAGUUUUGAAUAAAGUUAUGUAUUAAGCCAUCUAAAAAUAGUUACCUUAAAAGGUUGUUUUGAUAAAUGAAUGUGUGUAGACUCCCCCCAUAUCAUGCUGUUGUAAUAUCAAAUGAUCUCUGUUGGUGGAUACAAAACCUCAUGUCACAUCGUAUAGGUAAAAACUUUCCAAAGGGAUUUGGGACUUUCUUUUCAUAAACUCUAUUCUCUUCCCUGCAGACUUUAGUUUUCUUGUUUUUAACAUUUUUGGAGUAUAGGAGCAUGGCUCAGCAGUUUACAUAUGGGAAAAACAAGGUGUGUGCCAGGAGUGUUUAAGCAUUUUGUCAUUGGUUGUAAUUCCCUCACUGUGUAUGGCUACUGCACUCUCUCUUGUAGUUGGUCCAGCCAUGUUCCCUAUUAAUGAGAGAAUUAUUUCUUAUCUGCAGCCUUAUCUUUAUAUGCCUAUUUAUCAAAAGAAUGUAGUUCAUUGUGUGACAUACCUAUUAAAUAAUAUAGGUGGAUUAGAUUAUAGCAGGUCCUGAUUAGUCAACAAAUGUGCUUUAGCAAAAGAGAAAAUUAUUUAUUAUUAUUAGGAUCACUAUUUUUUAUUACUUUUCUAUCCUUUUUCAUAGAAUAUUGAUAGCAAAGACUUUAUUUGUGUCCCAAAUCUGUGUGUUGUGCUCAGUGUAACACUCUUCCUAUUUUUUAAGGUUUCUCUAUACAUAGGGCUAGAUUUAUCAUUAGCCAAAAGUACAGAUCGGUUUCAGGCGGUCUCAUUUGAGCCUGCCCUUUCCGCCAACUUAGAGUUGAUGAAUGCAAAUCGCCCCAGAUUCAUUUGACUGCUCUACAGUCACGCAGUUGGUUGACUGAAGGUAGGGGGGCAAAAUUGCACGAUCAUUGGUUCAUGCAAUGGUAUAUAUGGAGAACAAAUGAGCCACACAAUUUGCGGUGAAAUGCGGAUAGGUUUACAUGUGAACCCUGUCCCCAAAUUGAUAAAUCUAUCCCAAAUAUGCGGUAAAGCAGUAGACUGCCUCUGCUGUACCAGAACUGAUAUUGUAGUAAAAGUGAAAAAAAAACAGGAUCCAGAGGUUUUUCAGUAUAUUACUUUAGCUUCUUCUGAAGGUUGUAAAUCUUGGAAUAUCCUUACAGGGGACAUGCAAGUGUGGUAAUAAAAUGCAUUAGUUUGUUAAAGCAUGUUAUGAAACAUUUUGCUGCACUAUGUCCUAAUGAAUUAGAGCAUUUCUUAAAUACACUAGAACAGGGUUUUUAAAACUUUUUUUUCCAAAGACCCAGUGCCAUGAUACCACAUACCUUUGCGGCCCUAUGUUUAUGCUUAGUCUGAAAAUUUAAGUAAUAUACAAGAAGAUAGCUACAAUUUGUUGACUAAAAUGAGUGCGUACAUUUAUACCUGAUUAUGGUCAAACUUGAAAGUUUUGUAAAAGGCUUAUAACACACACUCUUAUACAACACAUACACACACACUCAUACAACACUCACACAUUCUCUCAUACAACACUCACACACUCUUUCAUACAAUACUCGCACACUCUCUCAUACAAUACUCACACAACUUUCUCAUACAACACUUGCACACUCAUACAACACUUGCACACUCUCUUAUACAACACUCGCACACUCUCUUAUACAACACUCGCACACUCUCUUAUACAACACUCGCACACUCUCUUAUACAACACACUCGCACACUCUCUUAUACAACACACUCGCACACUCUCUCAUACAACACACUCGCACACUCUCUCAUACAACACACUCGCACACUCUCUCAUACAACACACUCGCACACUCUCUCAUACAACACACUCGCACACUCUCUCAUACAACACACACACCACACACUCUCAUUCAACACACACUCUCAUUCAACAUACAACACACACACACAAGUCAACACCCAGUAAGGUGUCCCGACCUGUGGUUUGAAGAACCCUGUCACAUUCCACAAAAUGAUACAUGGUGUUUUCCCAAUCGGUUGUAUGUAGUCAGGGCUCUAGUAGAUUUGCUUGACAGCUACUAUGGUUAUUUACUGUACUACCUAUUGUUCACCAAUCUGGUUGUAAAAAGGAGAUGAAAACACUGUUUCUUUAUUCCGUUGUAUUCGUUCUUCCAUCUUUGUGGCUUAGGAUGAAAUCGCCACUCUGGAGCUCCUUGCGGUUUUUUGAUAUGUUUGUUUACGAGCACAUUGGUACUUUAGAGAUAAGCAAAGACUUCCAUCAUAGGGGCAGUUUUUUUUUUCUAUUGGUCCAUUUAUGAAUAGCAUUUAUAAUAUUUCAAGAGUCUUAUCCUGUUUAUAAUUGUGGUACAUUCAAAUCUUCAUACUUGAAGUGAUAUACCAGUAAUGCUUGCAUUUUAUAAUCUCAUGUCUCGAGACCAGAGUCAUGAGGAUCCAAUUUCUCCUCUAUCCAAAUGUGAAAUAACGCUGUAGGGGAGGGAGAUGAAUCGGAGGGAUCUAACAACUGUAAGUAGCACAAGGCUAUAUACCCACCUAUGAAGAUUGUGUCAUAUCUCCAAGUAUGAAAUUGUAUUUUUUUUAAACAUAAGAGUAUCUGUCUAAUCCUGUGUUCAUGGUCCGGUAUAGCACAGUGCACUACCAGAGAGUAUCAGAACCCUGUGUGUGUUUAUAUUUAAACUGGUAUGUAUAUUUAAGCUGGUAUGUAACCAUCAAUGACAUUUAGUGUGGCCUUAAAAAAAAAAAAAAAAAAGAAGAAGAAUAAUUAAUAGCAUCAUUGUGUUACUCUGUCCUAACUAUAUAAUAAAUGCUGUCAGCACUUGGUUUUUGUUCCAAGAUAUAACCAACAAGGGGAUUCUAUCUGUUUUUACAAUUCCCCACAUGGGAGGGAGUGAUUAAUGGUAAUCGUACAUGUUUUCCUGAUGUAUAUGCAGACUUUAUAAACAUUACUCUGCUAUUCUCAAUUUAUAUGCAAUUUGGUUAGUGACAACUUAGUUUGUCCACAAAACUUUUCAGCAGUGGGUUCAGUGACCAUGUAGAUGGUCUGCAAAUUAAGCACUAAAGAAGUGAAAUCGGGUAGAGCAGCACAUUGUGCAAGAAAUGAAACAUAAUGAACAUUUUUAUGUAAAUAAGUUUAGUUUUCAUAAGCAUUUUUUGGUUCUAUCUCACUGGUUUUCAAACCUGUCCUCAGACCUCCCUAAGCGGCCACAUUUUAAAAAUCAGCUGAAUAGUAAACCUGGUUAUUUUACCUGCUCUCUUCCAAGGUUAUCCAGAAAAUCUGGUCUGAUGGGGAAGCCUGAGGACAGGUUUGAAAACCAGUGUUCUAGAGAGAAAGCAAGUGGUUAAAGUUGCAGCAUGGUCUAAUGAGAGCCUAGAUUUUUGUACUUCCACUGAAGAUUUUUUUCUCUGCUCAGCUAAUAGGUCUCACUGUCUACAAGCAAUUGCUAUGUUAAGCAUUCAGCUAGAACAACCUACUAAGAUUAUUGCAUUCUCAAUUACAAUUUUCUAGUAGAUCUAUAGGCAAAAUAUGGUCCAGUCUUCUACAGAUAUACAGUAUAGCAUUACCUUUAAACUGGUAUUUUUCUUUUUUUUCUUAACUGUUGUGUCCAAAAGUAUCUAAACUUUGUAGAAAUGCAUAUUCCCCUCUUUCUUUUUCUUUCUUUUUUUUUUUUUUUUUAACUUUUAAAGGUAUUUUAUACAGGGGGAAACAAUAUUAUACAGAUAAAGAUUUAAUUGUCCUGUAAGGUGCAAAGUUGUAUCAUAUCGGGCAGGAAUGUUCAACCUUGACACUCUACAGGUUUUAGAAUUACAUUUUCUCAUGAUGCGCAUACACUUUAAGUUGGAUGAGCAGUGCCAAGGUUGAGCUCGCCUGAUAUAGGGGUUAUUUGUUCCGCAGGUUUUUUAUCAUACCGAAAUCAUAGUUUCUAUUCUACUUUGCCUGGAAAUACUACCUUAGUAAAUGGUUCCUAAAUGACAUCUGUAAAACUAACAAAGAACACUUUGUUGUAUACACUAGUCUGGAGUGUUGAGCAAACUUGGGUUUAUAGGUUGUUACGUUUAUCUGUACGGUAUUUACAAUUUUGAAUGUGUGCCACUACAAAUGGAUGAUGCUGUACAAUCUGGAAUCAUAGCAGUUAUGUAUGGCAGUCCAAUAAUGUACUGCUUUUUGAAUUUUAUUUUUUAACUUGUAUAAUUUAUUUUCCUGCGAAUAAAAAUAGUCUAAAAGACUGCUUCUUGUGUAAAA